AUGGAUGGAGCAUCAACGGCCCUGUCGUCGGCCCCGCCUGCGGACUCCGCGCCGGCCAAGUACAUUCCGCCUCACCUUCGUCGCCAGCAGCAGCAGCAGCAGCAGCAGCAGGGUGCCGCGGCGUCCGCGGCGUCCGCAGCUUCUCCCUCGGUCUCUUCCGCCGCGAGUUACCCGUCGUACCCCUCGGGGGGCCCCGGGGGCUGUUCGGGGGGCCCCGGGUUCGCGGGGGCCCCCGGGGGCCCCCGGGAGGGCUGCAUGAACGGGCGGCGGGGGGCCCCGGGGAGUUCGCCGGAGUCGCGGAGCCGGUUCAGUUGUUUGGCGGAGCGCGCGUCUCCGUCGAGCGAGUUCCGGGGGCCCCACCAGGACGGGCGCGCGAGCGCGGGGGCCUCUGGGGGCCCCCCGGGAGGGGCCCCCGGGGGCCCCCCGGGGGGCCCCGCGGCGGCGGACGGGCUGCCGGCCGCGCCGCGGGGCCCCC